UAAUUGUCGCCAAAAACGAGCUGGUAAACGAAAAAAAUGUGUGGAAAUAAAUAAAAGCUACAAAGACCAGCCAGAAAUUAUUGAUAUAGAUUAUUUGGAUCAUAUUCUUACAGAGCUAUUAGAAGAUGCGCAAGAAAAUGGUCUAGAAUUUUGUUUCUGUUAUGAAAUAAUUAUCGAUAAUCAUAGCUCAACUAAGGAGAUUGCAAAUGAUGUUGUUGAAUUAAUUGAAGAUAUUGAUAAGUAUAAUUGGGUAUACAAUCACCAUUAUACGGGUAAAAACUUAAUUACAUAUUGGUACAUCUGCUCUCAACGAGAUGUUUUGGCCAAAAAGCCACGUAAGCAUAAUGAUCCGUCGAAAUGGAGAGAUGUUCAAUCUAUGCAAAGAUUUGAGUGUGGUGGUUUUAUAAAAGUCUCAAUAAAUGAAGCCACACAAAUGGCCGAAGUAACUCUUUAUCAUAAAGACCUGCAUAGUAAACCUGUUGAU